AUGCCUUUCCAGCAAGAUGGAGCGAAUGCGACUGCGAACUUCGACUGUUAUAACGACGUUGCUGGGGAUCAAAUAAACAACGUUGACGCCUCGCGUCACAACACCUUCAGCGCUGGAAAUGGCGGCAAUGGAGGGAGAGGAGGCGAUAUCAACCACACCAUUAUCAAUCACUUCUAUGGGCCACAGUUCAUCGUGAACUCGAAGGGUAGAGCCCUUGACUUCGACGAAUCCCGUGGAAAAUUCACCUCUCACCCGUUCGGCGGCCUUAUAAAUCAAAUGUGGCUGAUUCAAGAACGCGACAAUGGACAAGUCGCAGUCGUAUCUGUGGAUAAUGCGGAAUUUUUGCGCGCGGACGGUGACGUUGACGAGCUUCGUCUUGGGACAGAAGAACAACGAUGGAAGUGUGUCCCGGACGGGCCUGCCUACAAGCUCGUGAAACCAGGCUCUACCUUAGCGGUCACGCUUAGUGAACAAGGCGGACUAUCUCCUCUAUCUGCCGACAACCCUGACCAGUCUCUGCGGAUCAUGGAGGCUAAACCCGAGAGCCACGAUAUCAUCAAAAGUUGGCAAGGUAGUCCAGAUCCAAGCCCCCCUCCUAGAACAGCAAAGGAACUUCAGAAGAUUACUACGGCUAACGGGAGCCCUCAAGAGUCGUCGUCAACCCAGACAACAACCACAGACACUGGAGGUGUCAACAUUGUCAUUCAUUACUACGGAGGUGGGCAACCAGAAGGCGGCUCCAAUCCGUUCGAGAGGCUCCAAAACUUCUUAGCGUCGCCAGAUGGCGGAAGGAAUUUAAUCUUCUUCACGGGUCCGCCAACGAUGGGGACCCCCACACCACCUGUCGCCGCAUUCACCAGCGCACUGAGUUCUUCCAAAUCCCAAGCGGCUUCAACAGGUGCUUGCUAUGUAGCUUCGUCGUCCACGUCCAUCACGUCUAAGAUCUGGUUUACAACUGAGAAACUUGAAGAAGACGUGCUUGAGAAACUUGCAUCCCUACGGCUGAUCACAAAUUCCAGAGACCAAGGAUGUAUUAUUGAUGAGGACUGUAACGGUGGCGCCUGGUUCGAGCUCGCCGUCCUCGCGUUCCCAGCUGACACGCAGCCGAAGGCUGUUUCUGGAGGCCCAGCCCUCACGUGGACAAGCCACCACAAUAGAAAGGAACAUGCAGAGACCUUACGACUGAUGGGCCUCAAGUUUACGAGGGAUCACGAGAUAUUUAGUUGGCUGGAGCCAUGCAAUGCAGUGGGGGUUCGUGUGUGCGCCCAAAAUCCAGGAUGGGCUAAUAACGCAAAAUCGGGGCAACUGGAUAUGGAAAUACUUGAUUAG